CCGGUAUUCGGUGGUUAACACCCUAACUGUUUACGGUUAUUAGUUUUUUAUAAUUGUAUCCCUUAUUCCCUUUAAUGAGAGUAUAUAUUAUACAAAAUUGAUUUCCCUCUCACAUUCUUUUUCCUCUCCAUAGUAGAAUUUUCACAAACCCAAGCAAAACCUCUCCUGAUACAAUUUUCUUCAGCAAAGCAGCUUCAACAAUCAACAAUGGCGGUAAACAUGGCACCAACAAGAACUGCUGUUCUUGGGAUAAUGACAGGACCCUUCAAUUGUCCCUUCUCCUCCAAGAACUCUAAUCUUGGACAUGGAAAUCAUUCUCACAAUUACUUCUCCCGAAUUCCCCCCAAAUUUGGUUUCUGUAAACCACUUCAUCUCAAUGCUAGUUCUAAUCGUUCAAGACAGUUGCCUACUUUUCCACAAAUUAAAGCUCAGAUGGCAUCCGAGCAUGUCCCAGAUUUCAAAUUUUACAAAGUGGAAGCUAUUCUCAGACCCUGGAGAAUCCAAAAGGUCUCUGCGGCUCUGCUGAAGAUGGGCAUACGCGGUGUCACGGUUUCUGAUGUUCGAGGCUUUGGUGCACAAGGUGGAUCUGCAGAAAGGCAUGCUGGAUCUGAGUUCUUCGAGGAUAAAUUUGUCUCCAAAGUUAAGAUGGAAAUUGUGGUCAGCAAAGAUCAGGUUGAUGCAGUAGUCGACUUGAUUAUCCAGGCAGCAAGGACCGGUGAAAUUGGUGAUGGCAAAAUUUUUGUCCUGCCAGUUUCUGACAUCAUAAGAGUGCGCACAGGUGAACGAGGACUCCAAGCGGAGAGGAUGUCUGGAGGAUGGUAUGACAUGUCCAACUAGAAAUAUGUCUAGAAUGGUUGGGUCUUUCGGCAAUGCAUUUUGAGAAGAGUUGGUUUUGUUACGUUGUCUAUAUUUUCUUAUUUUCGAGAACUGUAAAUGCUCAUAGUCACAAUCAUUGAACUAUGACUGCCCUUUCAACAACUGUAACGUGAGAGAUUUUUGAACUUAGAAACUGUAGAAGGUUCUUGCAGUCUGGCUGCAUGAAUGACUGUUACAAUGGCACUUGAUAUGUCUUUCAUGGCUUAUUUUGAAGCGAUUCUUACCCUUUGUUCAA